UAUCAGUACCGGAAUUCUGUAAAGUGUUUUAACGAACAUCGUUUCGUUAAAAAGCGAUAGCAGAAAAAUUAACGAAUAUGGUAUUCAGUACCCACUUUUAGCGAUAAUCGACAUCGUUAAAAUCAGCUGUUUUCUUUAACGAAAAGAAAAUCGAGAACUAAACGACGGAAAAUUAUUUGGUGUUUAUUUUAACAAAGCAAAUAAAGAUAAUUAUUUACAAUGGCUUUAGAGUAUUUGGCUCUUGAUUUAUCGCAAACAAUUUUCGAUACGAGUGUUCAACCAAUAAACAGGCGUGCUUUUCGUAAUAUGGAAAACCCAUUUGAAUUAAGCGAGAAAGAUUUUAAAAAGCUCUACCGACUUACUCCGGAAUCGACCCAAGAACUAAUCCACCAACUUGAUGGAGACUUAAGAGGCUCAAGAAUAACUGCUUUGUCCACAGAGAAACAGGUUCUCGCAGCUCUUCGGUUUUUUGCAACUGGAUGCUACCAACGACCUGUAGGGGAGCAAUGGGGCAUAUCCAUGAGUCAGCCUUCAAUAAGUCGAUGCAUACAUCGUGUGACAAAUGCCAUCAACAAAAACUUAUAUUUUCCUAAUGUUAAAUUUCCAAUUGUUUUUGUCUAUUCCUCUUUGUGCUUUUCUUUUUAUGGGUAGAGUUACCAAAUAAAAAAAAACGAUAUCGGUUUCUGUUAACUAGGAAUUAGAGAAUAACAUAA